CGAACGAGUUUAGUCAGACUUUAGUACUUUUGCGUUAGUCUCGUUUUACGUUUCAUUGACGAAACACGUUUCAUAUUUUUACAUUUAAGUUGAUAUCAGAUCGACAAAUUGAUAAAGAUUUCGUUUUUGUCGGUUAGUGACAGACGAGUGUGUAAUUGUGUCCUUGAUCUUCGUAAUAAAAAAAUGGCACAACAAAAACCGAUCUUCGAUUAUCAUGAGGAAACACACGCUGAAAGACUUUCCCGUAAAUCAAAAGAAUCUCCUUUUAUGGUUUUUGGUUUGGCUGGAUUAGCGUCGGCAGUUGGAUAUGGCGUCUAUUCGUUUAGAAACCGCGGCAAGAUGAGUACCAGCGUUUAUCUGAUGCAGUUCCGUGUUAUCUCGCAAGGCAUCGCCGUUGGCGCCAUUACUGUGGGCAUGGCAUACACACUUUACAACAAUCACUUCAAUAAGCCUAGACCUAACGCCAUUACUGGGAACGUACCCAGCAUAGCAACGCCUAAUGAGCAUUAGUACUAAAUUAUGGUUUUAAGUUGUGAUUAUUAUGUAAUUUAUUCAUUAGAUAAAGUAUUUCAUGAUACUAGCAAUUAAUAGUGUUACCUGAUACAAAAACAUGAUGGGUGCCUUAAAUUGAAAUUUAAAAAAUGUAAUUUCGACAUUUGAUACACGUGUGUUAUACAAUAUGUAAUUUAAUUUUCUUGAAUUGAUAAAACCGUAUUGAAAAGCUGUUUUAUUGCUGCCAGUGUGUUAGAAUAUUAAAUAAC